AUGUCCACCGAAGCGGGCAAAGGCCAAGAGGCCAUGAAGGUCUCAGACUACCAAACAGCAAUCAAGCACCUCACAGCAGCUCUGAAAACCUCACAAUCUCCCCUGUGGCUGAUCCAGCGCUCUACCUGCUACCAACGAACCGGCCAGCACGAUCUCUCCCUCAUCGACGCUGACAACGCCCUUCUUGCCAGCAUUGGUCGUGGAAAGCGAGACCUGAUCGCAACCUCACACUUCCGCCGGGCAGUCGCCCUCCAUGGCUUGGGUAGAUUUGGCGACUCUAGACUCUGUCUUACGUGGUGCCACAAGCGCAAUGACAAAGAGAAAGGCUUGACGAUCUGGAUGGCGAAGGUGAAGACGGACUAUGAGAAGGCUGGUGGUGAUGACGCGGAGUGCAAUAAGACUACAGUCAAGGAGGUUCCAGACAAGCCAGAGGAGAUUACGAGUGAACCUGCGCCAAAGGAAGAGAAGAAGGCACCAGUAGCGACGAAGGCUCCAGCUGUUCCCAUUACGCCAGCUGCGCCAACACCAACACCAAAGGAGAAGAUCAGAACGGAGUGGUACCAAUCUACGAGUACGGUCACAAUCGAGGUGUUUGCGAAGGGCGUACCAAAGGACAAUACGCAAGUCAAGAUCGAAGAAGGCAAUCUUGAGGUUAGCUUCCCAAUUGCCGAUUCUGGCAGUACCUACGAUUAUACACUCUCUCCCCUCUUUGCCAAGAUCGAUGCGACAAAGAGCAGCUUCCGAAUUACACCUCAUAAGAUCGAGAUCAUUCUCCACAAAUCCCUCCCAGGCCUGAAAUGGUCAUCCCUCGAAGGCACCGAGCCCAUCACAUCCACCAACACUGAAGAGCCAGCCGCCAAGAUCCCCGAAGCAGUCCUCAAAGCCGACAAAGCCCCCUCCUACCCCACUUCCUCCAAGAAUGGCCCAAAGAACUGGGAUGCUGUUCUCCAGGACGAGAAAGAGGAGGAGGGCGAGGAGGUUGAUGAUUUCUUCAAGAAGCUGUACAAAGAUGCCGACCCAGACACAAGGCGUGCGAUGAUGAAGAGCUACCAGGAGAGCAAUGGGACGUCAUUAUCAACGGAUUGGAGUGAUGUUGGUAGCAAGACCUUUGAAACGUCGCCACCUGAAGGAAUGGAGGCUAAGAAAUGGAACUCUUGA